UAUCGAUCCACCCACAACAGCAAACAUGGUCGAUGGUUAGGCAUCACGAAUGAUGAUUUCACAAUACAUGUAAUCAUCAUAUCAGCUCCAAUGAAUGUGCCCCCCCCCCCAUAGUGUCCUGCCCUGAGGGACACCAACCAUCAAGGGCAUCUUCUUUUCUUUAACCUCGGAGGAGUGACUUGUUUGCUUCGCUUCCUGGUUCGAGGGGAGGAGUCGCUGUUAAGUCUACUCGACAUUUUGGGCUGCACACUAACAACCUUCCCUGGACUGGACCACCAUCAUAUCACAGAUCAUGCUUGUCUGGCGUCACAUCUGGUUUCAAGACGGAUUCGGGUCGUGGUGAGCCUACAGUAGAUCCUUCCAUGCAUCCUACCAUGAAAGUCUUUAACUGAAGGCCGUCAUGGCCCCUGCAAGGACUUUGCUCCGGAGGGCCCGCUGUCAGAACGGUGCAUCCCCAAGUCAGGACCAGGAGAGGGAGGAGUACUGGGGAGAGCUGUUUGACCAGCUGGAUCUCAACAAAGAUGGAUUCAUUGACAUAGAUGAACUACGGAAAGGGCUGGCAGGUCGAGGACUAUCCAAAGCUUCAUUGGAGAAGAUUGUGGAAGCAGGGGACACCAACCAGGAUGGGGUACUUGACUUUGAGGAGUUCAUCCGGUACCUUCGUACUCAUGAAAAGCAGCUGAAACUCAUGUUUCGCAGCCUGGACAAGAACAAUGACGGUCAGAUAGAUGCUGCGGAGAUCCAGCAGUCGCUCCACGCUGUUGGCUUAGACAUCAGCCUCAGGGCCGCCACCAGGAUUUUAAAAAGUAUAGACCAGGAUGGGAACAUGACCAUUGACUGGAAUGAGUGGCGUGACUACUUCCUGUUUAACCCACUCACAAACAUGGAGGAUGUGGCACGCUAUUGGAAACGUUCGAUGAUGCUGGAUUUAGGCGAGCAGCUGACAGUUCCUGAUGAAUUUUCCGAAGAGGAGAAGAAGUCUGGUUAUGUGUGGCGACAACUAAUGGCGGGAGCCUUGGCUGGAUCAGUAUCACGGAGCGGGACCGCCCCCUUAGACCGCCUCAAGGUCUUCCGUCAGGUUUAUGGUUCGUCUGUGUUUCGAGGGAACGUGCUGAGUGGUUUCCAGUACAUGUUAAAAGAGGGAGGAGUAUCGUCAUUUUGGAGGGGCAAUGGAAUCAACGUUCUUAAAAUUGCCCCCGAGACUGCAAUCAAGUUCACAGCUUACGAGCAGAUCAAGCUCCUAGUGUGUGGCAGAAAAGAUACCAAGAAUCUAAGGAUUCAUGAGAGAUUUCUUGCCGGCUCUUUGGCUGGGGCAAUAGCUCAGACAGCCAUUUACCCAUUAGAGGUUCUGAAGACUCGCCUCACAUUAAGAAAAACAGGCCAAUUCUCGGGUAUGACUGACUGCGCCAAACAGAUCCUGCAAAGGGAAGGUGUUGCAGCCUUCUACAAGGGUUAUGUGCCCAACAUGUUGAGUAUUGUCCCUUACGCCGGCAUCGACUUGGCCGUCUACGAGACUCUAAAGUUUGCAUGGCUGAAUAGGAACAGAGGGGUGGCUGACCCGGGGGUCAUGGUACUGGUCGGCUGUGGUGCAGUCUCCAGUACAUGCGGGCAGCUGGCAAGUUACCCUCUUGCACUGAUCCGCACCCGAAUGCAAGCUCAAGACUCACUGAAAGGGUCCACGAAGCUCUCCAUGUCCUCCUUGAUUCGCAAUAUCGUGACCCAAGAGGGUUUGGCGGGCCUUUAUCGUGGAAUUUCCCCCAAUUUGCUGAAAGUCAUCCCUGCCGUCAGCGUGUCCUACGUUGCAUACGAAUACACGAGGAUAGCCCUGGGAGUGGACGUGGAGGGUAGGCGGGGAGGUAGAGGGAAGAUGUAGAUGGUUUGUCGUGGUUGGUACAUACAGAUCUGUUGAACCUGCAUGAGGAAAUGGACCUUGACAGUGGAUGAAUUCAUGGCCACUGUGAUUGCAAGUGAAAGAGACAAGACAUCCCUUGCCUUUGGAUGACCUCACCUGACCUGGCAAGUUGCUGUGAGAGAUUUAAUGUGUGAGUUGCACUGCAUGGCAUGCCAGCGGUUGUUGCGUAAUAAACUAAUGAACUUCCCGUCAAGACUUGCAUGAAGUGAAAGGCAGCAGGUAGAGGGCGUAUAAUAAGGAAUGCUGUGUUUUGAAAUAGAGGAUUAUACAGCUUUUUCUCCACCUCACAGGUGAACUGUAGAGAAGAUGGAUGCCUGGCAUGAGGACCAAUCCAGCAUUCUGAAGUCACUGCAAAUUUUUACACUUUUAAUGUGGACUGAAAUGUCUUAAGCAAAUGGUGAAAACACUGAAGAACAGAACUCAAAAACGGUGUUCAUUCAAAGGAUAAAUGGAGAACAUAUUUUUAUGGAAGUAUUACAAUAAAACCUCUAAAGGUCACACAAAAGGAAUUUACUGAAUGCUGAUUUACCUGAAGAAGUGUUGGGUUAAGUGUCGCUGUCUAUCUACAAUGCAACUUCCAGAUUAUAAAUGAGAUAAAUAUUUUGUAUUUAUAUUUAUUUAUAUUUAUAUUUUUUAAAUAUUUUUUAUUGCAAUCUAUAGUGCCAGUAUUUAUUUUUGAAUGUCUGCAUUUUAUUUGUCAUGAUGCUUACGUUGUGUUGAGCUGUUGUUGUUGUUGGGUGGGUUUGUUGAUUUCAGUGGGAAACAUCAACUCGAUAAGUAAGUGCAAACCUACCUGUAUUUGUUUUUGAAUUAUUGACUUUUACAACACUGUAUAUUAAUUGUUAUUAUUUUUGCAUUAUGUUGGCCCUGUAGUUGAUUCAAUGGGAAACAUCAACAAAUAAGUGGAAUUAAUCAAGCUAGUUCUCGUCAGUU